AUGAAAGUGCAAAUACUUGGAGAUGUUCAGAAAAGCAUAAAAGACGCACUGGGCGCGCGCUUACGGGCGCACAGAAGCGUGGAGGAGCUCUCUGGCGCGCUGAAACAGGAGAUAGCCCAACUUCCCGGGAUACGCCUGGAAAAUGUGACGUACAGCAGGCUGCUUGGGAGGGUGUUUGACGUGCCCGUCUCCAUAAAAUUGAAAGGCAUCACAUUUCAGCACAAGAUCAGCGCCUCGCUCAGCAACAACAAGCAAAUGGUUAAGUAUAGCGGGCACAUGUACAACCUUCUGUUUGACACGCUGGGGUGCAACUCUGUGCAGCUUGAAACAAACCUUCUGCAGGUAAAGGGGACCUUCUCUUUGUUCUCCGCGAUCCAAAGCAGCCGCGCUUCCUCGGCGAGUGCCUGGGUGGAGGGCGUCCUUGCAGGCGUUAACCGAAACAUAAAGAGUGCAGUUUUGUGCAACUAUCUAAACCUGAGUGCGUGCAUCAGCAAAGCAAGAAGAAGCCUGGAGGUGGAGUACAACAUAAACAGAGCUGUGAAAGUUCUAUUUGGCGCGGAGCAGGAGCAGGCCGAGCACGUGCACAAGAUGGAGCUUGUGGCAAAUCCAGUCGACCACAAAAGCGCUAAGGUGAUAGUUUCGGGCGGCGUGUACAGAGAAGCCCACAAGAACAGCCGCUCGUCCGGAAAAGAGAAGACCCCAGAGAGCGGGCUGCAUGUGCGCCAAAGCGCAUACAAUUUCGGGGUGAAUGGGUACUUUAGGGGCGUUAUUCCCGUGCUGUGCCUGGGCGCUGCCUGCAAGAAAAAGAAUGUGCCUAUGCCUGGGCUCUGGACUAGGUGCGGGCUGUUGCUUAAGAAAUUGGGCGUGGGCUCUGGCAGGAAAAAGGCAAGUCGGUCUUUCAUAAGCAGGCACUGGAAGGCGCCCUCUGUGAACCUUUUAGGAGAAGCCGAGGGCUCGAUUAGAAGAAGCCUGCUGGGAGAGGAGACAAGCAGCGCUCUCCGGGUGCUUGGAGCUGUCCAGUGCACAAUAGAAGACUAUGCGGUUCUUGCAGGAGUGGUGUUUAGCAGAGAGGGCGUGCAGACUGCACGGCGUGAAGAGGCAAAAGGCCAAAGCCAAGUGAGCGCGAAUCCAAUGUUUGGCCUUGGCUACGCCCCGAGCAGCUCUCUUGUCGACAGUGUGUCCGUGUGCUGGCCUAUAAAGAGCCUUUUGAAGAGUGCAGGAGUGCUAGGAAAGCUGACUGCGUUCGAAAUAAACAUGAGCAAAGAGUACUGA